AUGUCUCCCCCGAUCGCGCAUCGUUCCCCAGCGCCUAUUCUGCAGCCCACUCCGCUGCCGGAACUCACUCCCAGUCUCCUGUCAGACGACGCCGAUUCCACAUCGAACUCCUCAGCCUCUGUGAUACAGUGCCCAUGUUGCGCCUCGCCCGAUAUUCCAGACCAAGCCACGCUUGCCGAGACCAUUCCAGACCGGGAACUCAAUAUGUCCACCACGCUUGAAGACCAGUUCCUGAACACACUGAGGAUCCAGCCAGGGGCCGAAUCCACGGCUGAAGCGGUAGCAAUCGUACCCCAAGACUGGCAGGCCACAGGGGACCGGUCGUUAAUCAGCUUGCUUUGCCACCGAGCUUUCAACGCCUUCCGAAACCAGGCAGCCAUUCGAACUUUCGGUAUAUACUACUAUGGAGACUUCGGCCCUGGGGACACCUUGACUGCUGUUUCUCGAACGGUAGUGCGGGGACGAUUGACAUGGCUGGAGGCAACAGUGACCCGAGAUAGUGUGCUGGUGGCCAUCGCAACCGCCUUGUACGACGAUCUAUAGUUCAGGCUCAUGGACAAUACGCAGUGUCAGAGAAUCGGGUAUAUGACGAUUGGGCCUUACAAUCUGACUGAACCUGUCUCCGAGAUGGCCAGAUACGUAGUUGCGGGAAACCGCAGUGCAUGCGGGUCUCUCCAGCAGUUAAGUACCUAGGUCGGCACUGCACAUAUUCUAGCUAAUAUGCUGCGCAUCCUUGGUGGAGCCAGCCUCUUCCGUCUCCUUUCUUUUUGGCCUUGGGGUAUUCCAGCUGUGCUAUGUCAUAUAGAUAGAUACACAACGUUAC